AUGGACGGUUGCAUCACGUAUAACAAUGUCUUCGAAGCUAAUUAUGAUACCCUCGUUUGGGCUCUCGAGAAAAAUGGUUUUGGUUCGAUGCCUAUAAUCGUAAGAGUCGGUUGGCCUACUGAUGGUGAUGCCAAUGCGAACAUUAAAUAUGCUAUAAAGUUCAAUCAAGGUCUACUAGACCGAAUUAGUCGUGGUAUAGGUACCCCUAAACGGCCUACACCACCCGACAUUUACAUUUUCGGGCUCGUGGAUGAAGAUGCCAAGAGCAUUGAACCGGGAAAUCUUGAGCGCCAUUGGGAGGUUUUUGCCUUUGAUGGAGCCAUUAAGUACCAACUUGAUUUAGGUAACAAUCGAAGCCUAACGUCGGCUAAAGGCGUACGAUAUUUGGAUAGGAAAUGGUGUAUAAUGGCACCUGAGGCAAAUGUUAUGGACCCGAGCUUGCCAAAAAGUAUAAAUUAUGCAUGUAGCUAUGCAGAUUGCACUAGUCUUGGAUACGGUUCGUCAUGUGGUAGACUUGACGUUGAGAGCAAUGCUUCAUAUGCCUUUAAUAUGUACUAUCAAACUAUGAAUCAACAUAAAGGGUCGUGUGAAAGGUUUCAUAAUUUGUCAGUCAUUACAACAAUUGAUCCAUCUCCUAGUUCUUCAAGCAGGGGCAGCUCUUCUUCUUGUCGAUUUGAGAUAAUGAUUGAUGUGGGAAGGCACCAGUCAAGGUCAAAUCCAGGGACUUCUUCUGCUAUAAAGACCAAACAUUAUUCUCUUAUUUUCUUUGUGCUAGCAUUCGUGGUAGACUACUACAUGUCUCUGACUUAA